UCCCAUUUGCCUCAGGGAAAUCAUCUUUCCAGGCGGUAAAAACAUCAGAGCAGGGAAGCGGAGAAGGUUCAGGGCCACCCACACGCCAUUGUCCCUUGCAGACCCCUGGCAUCACCUGGGGGGACACGGGAGCACCCCGGGGUGUCACUGCUCCCCCUCGCAGGGGGCCAGGAUGGGCUCGGUGGGAGCCGAGCGCUUCAAGGAGCUGAGCCCGGCGGCCACGCCCGAGGGGAACGUGGUGAUGAGCUUCAGUUUCGACAGCUACCAGCUGGAGGAGGACGAGCUGCAGCGGGGCAGCCAGGCCAAGGGAGUGCUCACCUUCAUGGAGCCAGUUUCUGAGGACCCUGAGCCCCAGGAUCGAUACCAUGGGAUUUAUUUUGCCAUGCUGCUGGCUGGGGUGGGAUUUCUCCUGCCCUACAACAGCUUUAUUACCGACGUGGAUUACCUGCACCAUAAAUACCCAGGAACCUCCAUUGUCUUUGACAUGAGCCUCACCUACAUCCUGGUGGCCUUGGUGGCCGUCAUCCUCAACAAUGCGCUGGUGGAGCUGCUGAGCCUGCACACCCGCAUCUCCGUGGGUUACCUCUUCGCCCUGGGGCCCCUGCUCUUCGUCAGCAUCUGCGACGUGUGGCUGGAGCUGUUCAGCCGCAGACAAGCCUAUGCCAUCAACCUGGUGGCUGUCGGGGUGGUGGCCUUUGGCUGCACAGUGCAGCAAUCCAGCUUCUAUGGCUACACGGGGCUGCUGCCCAAGCGCUACACGCAGGGAGUGAUGACGGGCGAGAGCACCGCCGGGGUCAUCAUCUCGCUGAGCCGCAUCUUCACCAAGCUGCUGCUGUCCGACGAGAAGGAGAACACUGUCAUCUUCUUCUUCAUCUCCAUCGGCAUGGAGCUGACGUGCUUCGUGCUGCACCUGCUGGUGAAGCGCACGCGCUUCGUGCGCUACUACACGGACGGUUCGCGCCAGGGAGCCGAGAGCCAUGGCACCGGCACUGGCACCGGCACCGGCUACCGCGUGCACCACGAUGUCACCGCCGACGACGUCCGAUUCGAGAACCGGGAGCAGGGCCAGCCGAGCUCCCCGCGGGGCAGUCCUGGCCCCGAGGCUGAGCUGGCCGGGAGCGGCACCUACAUGCGCUUCGAUGUCCCUCAGCCCAAGAUCAAGAGGAGCUGGCCCAGCUUCCGAGACAUGCUGCUCUACCGCUACGUGGUGUCCCGCCUCAUCUGGGCCUACAUGCUCUCCAUCGCCAUGACCUACUUCAUCACACUGUGCCUCUUUCCCGGGCUGGAGUCGGAGAUCCACAACUGCACGCUGGGGGAGUGGCUCCCCAUCCUCAUCAUGGCCAUCUUCAACCUCUCUGACUUCGUCGGCAAGAUCCUGGCUGCCCUGCCCUACGACUGGAGAGGGACCCACCUCCUCAUCUACUCCUGCCUCCGUGUGGUCUUCAUCCCCCUCUUCAUCAUGUGUGUCUACCCCAACGGGCAGCCCACCUUCGGCCACCCCGCCUGGCCCUGCAUCUUCUCGCUGCUCAUGGGCAUCACCAAUGGCUACUUCGGCAGCGUGCCCAUGAUCCUGGCCGCAGGCAAAGUCAGCCCGGAGCAGCGGGAGCUGGCAGGGAACACCAUGACCGUGUCCUACAUGACGGGCCUGACGCUGGGCUCGGCCGUGGCCUAUUUCGCCUACAGCCUCACCAGCACCUCCCACAGCUCUUGUUUCUACACCGAAACCUCCAACGGCUCCUUCACCUCGGGCUACUAAGCCCUGGGCCGGGGCAAUGGGGACAGGAUGGGAUCUUACCUGUGCCCCACAUCCCUCCUCAAGGAGGGAGCCUGGAGCCAGAAAGC